GUCAAGCCUCCUGGCAGCAAAGAGGGGAAUGAUCAAAGGGCAAGUGGACAACAGAGCAGUAAUAUAAGCUUCUAAGAGCACCAUAGGAACUCCCACCGCAACCAAAACUGAUGACAGUAAAUCGAACGGUGAAUCGGACGAACCGGCCGGUUCAAUUAAAUUUUUUUUUACACAGCAUCAAAACGACGCCGUUUUGGAGGGUAAAUAGGCUGCCUGAAAGCCUGGAAACUGGAAACCCUCGCCGCCUCAGUCCUCCCCCCGCAGCAGCUGCCAGCGUGCCCUCUGUCUGCCCCCGACGUGCUCCGCCCGCGACACCCAGACGGCGUCCACCGGCAGCCGUUACAGGCCUGCAACCUUCGGCGUUGGAAGUCGGCAAAGCUCCUUGCUGUUGUUAACCGGUAAAGCCGGCGUUGGAAGGCGGCUCCGACUGGUACCCCACCCUGCCGCUGAGUAUUUGUCAAUUGCUGCACAAUGGGAAAACUUGGAAAGAAGGCCAGAAAGUUUGCAAAGAAGAAUCUUCAGUCCGUGCUUAAACGAAAGCGAAAGCUGAAGUCUAUGUUCAAGAAGAAAUCUUCUAGGGGUGAGCAAGAUGCUGCCGAUGAUCAAUUACAGGAUGAAACAAAUUUGCUAAAUGGAAGAAACCUUGAAGGUGAGGAUAUCGAAGGUACUUCUCUCGAUUCAAUAUUCAGUGAAGACGAUAGUGAUGUGGCUGGAGAUGAUUCUGACAGUGAUGGAUUUCUUUCAGAGGACUCAAGUUGUAUGUAUGUUCCUGAAAGUGAAAAUGGGAAUCUUUUAGAAGACAAUGGUGGUGGUAGUGCCUUAUUAGUGCAGAACAGGGAAAUUCAUUUGGAACUUGCAAAGAAAAAGAAAAAAUUGGACAGGUUGAAGGAAAAGGACCCAGAAUUUUCAAAGUUCUUGGAAAGCUAUCAUAAAGGCCUUGAAGAAUUGAGAAACGAUGAGAAUUACUCUGAUGAAGACGAGGAAAGUGAUCUCAAUAUGCAAUCAAUGAAUGAAGACAGCUUAAAUUUAAAAAUUGCCAAGCUGCUGACAAACUCUGCCAUCGAUUCUUGGUGUAAAAUAGUUGGAGAUCAGCAUAGCAUCUCUGCCCUUCCUAGUCUAUUAAAUGGGUAUCGGGCUGCAUGCCACUAUGGAACCAGUUCAACUAGUACCCUUGAUGCUGCUGCCUCAAGUUAUAGCAUUCAGAACAGCGAAACAUUCUGCAACAUAUUGAUGUUUAUGCUUUGUGAGGCUGAUAAUAUAUUUCGGGGAUUACUGGGAAUUUCAUGCUCCAGUUGCAGGAAAGAGACCAUUUUGGAUUUGAAGAAUACUGCAAAAUGGAAAUCUCUGAAGCCAAUGGUCAAGUCUUAUUUGAGGAGUACGCUGUUUCUCCUCAAUCAGGUUACUGACUCUGAGAUAUUGGCCUUCUCCUUAACUCGGCUCAGAGCUUCUAUAAUAUUUUUUACCACAUUUCCAUCUUUGUUGCGCAGACUCAUCAAGAUUGCAGUUCAUUUAUGGGCAACAGGUGGAGGGACUGUAUCAUCGUGCACCUUUCUCAUCAUACAGGAUGUGGCUCUUAUAUUUAGCUCUGACUGCUUUGACACCUGUUUGAUAAAAACAUAUAAAGCUUUUAUAGCUCACAGUAAAUUUGUGAAGCCUGGAUUUUAUAAGCAUAUACAAUUUCUCAGGAAUUCCUUUGUUGAGCUAUGCUCUUUAGAUGUGGAGAAAUCAAGCAAGAAGGCACUGGUGUCUAUGCAGCAACUUGCCAAGAUAUUACAGCAGGGUCUUCGAACAAGGAAGAAGGAAGCAAUUGAGAAGAUAUGUAGUUGGCAGUACACUAACUGCAUUGAUCUCUGGGUCAUGUUUAUAUCAGCAAACAUAUCUGAUAAUUCUCUUCAGCAUUUGCUAUUUAUGAUCAUCCAGAUCAUAAAUGGAGUGGCUUACCUGUUUCCUGCGCCAAGAUAUUUACCUUUAAGACUUAAAACCAUCCAAUGGCUGAAUCAUCUAUCCAGUUCUAGUGGGGUUUUCAUCCCUGUUGCGUCAUUGGUGUUGGAUACUUUGGAAUAUAAAAUUGGCAAGGAAAGUGGACAACCUGGAAAAGCCUUCAAUAUGUCUUCUGCCAUAAAGUUGCCAAAACAUUGUUUAAAAUCGCGGAAAUUCCAAGAAGAGUGCAUUUUGUCUGCCAUUGAAUUGCUUACAGUGCACUUUGGUCAGUGGAGCUACCACAUAUCCUUUCCAGAGCUGGCAAGUAUUCCACUAAUUCGCCUGAGAAAGUUUCAUGAGAUAACUAUUGAAAAUUUGCGGCAUGUGGUGAAGCGUCUGAUUGAUCAGGUGGAGCAAAAUGUUGAGUUUGUGCAGAAGAAAAGAGAUGAGGUUGCAUUUUCACCAAAUGAUCAGCAAUCUGUUGAAUCAUUUCUUCAGCUUGAAAAGGGUGGUGGUGGCAAUGCUCCUUUUACGCAAUAUUACAACAGCAUCAUGGAAAAGGCUGCUUCUAGGAGUCUGCUCAUGAAUGAAAAGGUGGAGGGUGUACAACUUGGGCUGCUAUCUAGAAAGGCCGACUUAAAGCCAAAAGCAGGUGGAUUGAAAUAUAAAAUGGAGUACUUUUCUGAAGAGUUUGGGGUUGACUUGGUGUGAUCACCUCAUCUCAAGUCAGCCCAAACCAAAUUAACCAAUACAAAAGCCGGCUGAUAGUGAGAUCCGUUGUCCAUUGUUGGCAUCAGCGAGUGGACAAGCACAUUAAAAUAAGUUCCACAUGAUGACAACAGCGCUGACAUGCUGCCUCAUUUUCUUUACUGGGACCUAAUUGUGCUUUCCCUUCAUCUUUGCAGUUUGUCUUUUGAUGCUUGUUGUAUUCAUUUAAGGAGAAACAUGCCUAACUUCCGUAUGAAACAUUAGUUCCUUUGCCAACCAAGCACAAAGGUGGUGGCUGACAACUACCGAUAUCACAUGCUGCAUGUUGUAAUUACUAUAUUCUACCA